UUCAAAGCAAACUAUGUCGGUGGAGGAUGAGGAUGAACGAAGGAUGCGAUGUGCGGUGUGCGGAGCACCAGCCUAGGUACCGGUAAUCGUCGUAUUAUAUUGGUCGCGCGCGUCCGCCGCGUCAAUCGCGUAUUGUUUAGUAUUCACUUGUCCAGUCUGAUUGCGAGUCGAGUAGUGUGGCGCUGUGCGGUGUUGUGAUUUUCAAAUUUUGUUUUUUGAUGUUUGAUCAUCAAUUUCGUGGUCAAGUUCUGCUUCUUGACGUCCACUGGUGUCGAUGAAAGUGCGUCUUUGUAGGCAUAUCGCGUCGUUGCCAAGCCGAAGUCUGGAUCUAGUAUCCAGUUUGAUGAGAAAAUGUGUCGCGUAUUCGUUUACCUAUAAUUAAUUAGGUAGCGUACCUAAUUACGAUCCAUUUAUCGCGUUGAAAUUGGUUAGCUGGCCAUCUCGAACGAGGGCAGCUUAAAAAUCGUUCCUCCGGCUGGUAAAAUGAUGACGAAGAAUACUCGAAUCAACCGACAACGUAUUUGUGUAGAUAUUCAAUUUGAAAAUGAUUAUUACAAGUACAUCGCGCCUUCGACAGCUACUUUCUAGGUAUAAUAAACAUUGCGCGGUGUGUGGUGUAGUGAAGUUCAGUGCAGUGAGGCAUAUGACGCCGUAAAAUGUGUGAUUUUUGAUCGAUUUUAUGCGUAGCUGCCGAUCAUCGUCGAGUUACGAUGAUGACGAUGAUUGUUAAUUGGAGUUCGUGUGAAUAUCUCAUACUGUUCCUGUGAUCCUUUCGUGAAAGGCCUACGUAGACGUUGCAAAAUAUUACGCGAUGAUAACUCAUUACUCUGUCGAUUAGUUCAUUUGACAUGGCAACUUUAGGACUAUCGAAAGUUUUUAUCCUGGAUAAAUACUUCACCGAAUUACAAAAGUACUGGGAAACGGAGAGAAAAUUGCAAGAUACAUCUUCUUCAAACGAGGCUGUUCACCUGCAGCAGCGACUUCGAAGUUUGAGUUCAGAAUUGGUAACGUUGAGGAAUCGAUUAUACGUCCAAGGAGAACACGCGAACCACUCGCCAACUUCGCUGCCACCACCACCACCACCACCUCCACCGCCACAUCAACAAUCGUCUUCGACUACAUCAUGUCAACAACAGCAGCAACAACAAAUUCGAUCAUCUUCGGCGUCCUCGACGUCGUCAACGACGUCUUCGUUGCAGCGUCAGCAAAAGCAGCAGCGCCAACAACAAUCAGCGUUUGUACAAUCGGCGACUGCGGCCAACAACCACAAUGCCACGAACGGGGGCCAUAAUCAAAAUAACUCUGCGUUACCUCCGACAUUACCAAAAAAUCAAAUACCCAUUCCGCCACCUCAUGUACCAAACGCCGUUUCGCACGCUAUCACUAAUGACGUGCUUGUAAAGCACAUAAGCGCCGUAAACGCCAACGUAAACGAUGCGUACUCCAACGGCCCGAAAUCGAAGGCUUCGAUGUUGUUAUUACCCUCGGCGGCGGCCAAAACUGCGUCGCCGACCAGCGGCCAGCUUGGCGAUUUGAUUUAUUUACCCGGACCUCUGACAGAGGAUGCAGUUUUUAAAUGCUUGCAAGCUAGAUUCACAGCCAAGCAAUAUUUCACUAAUGUUGGUCCAGUUUUGAUAUCUGUGAAUCCGUUCGCCGAUGACAAGAAUCCGUUGACGUUGGCCAGUAUGAGAUCCGUAUCCUUGGAUGCGAAAUUACUGAAAGUCGUUCAAGAUGCGGUACGGCAACAGUCCGAGACAAGUUAUCCGCAAGCUAUUAUUCUGUCGGGUGUUAGCGGCUCGGGUAAAACAUACGCUUCAAUGUUGCUGUUGAGGCAGUUAUUCGACGUCGCUGGCGGAGGACCCGAAACGGACGCUUUCAAACAUUUAGCUGCCGCAUUUACUGUACUUCGUUCUUUGGGAUCUGCUAAGACUGCUUCGAAUUCUGAAUCUAGUCGAAUUGGCCAUUUUAUCGAAGUUCAAGUUACUCACGGUGCUUUGUACCGCACAAAAAUUCAUUGUUAUUUCCUCGACCAAACCAGAGUCGUGAGGCCUUUACCGAAUGAAAAGAAUUAUCAUAUAUUUUAUCAGUUAUUGGUGGGAUUGACCUCCGAAGAAAGAAUGAAACUCAACUUGGACGGAUACAACGUGAAUAAUUUGAACUAUUUGAAACACGGCGACGUAAACCAGGAUGAAGUUGACGACGCUAAUCGUUUUCAAACGUGGAAAAUUUGCUUAGGCGUAUUGGGUAUACCGUUUAUGGACGUGGUUCGAGUUUUGGCCGCUGUUCUACUUUUGGGAAAUGUGCACUUCGUCGACGGCAAUAAAAAUGGUAAAACCUGCGGUGGCAGUGACGUAAAAUCACUGGUCAUUUCUGAAGUGUCGGUGGUCGGCGAAUCCGAGCUGAACUCUGUCGCUACUUUGUUAGGCGUAUCAGCCCAGUCUCUGUUCAGAGGCAUAACUUCCAGAACGCAUAAUGCUAGAUCGCAAUUGGUGAAAUCGUUUUCAGAUGCAAAUAUGUCAAACUUGGUUCGAGAUUCGUUGGCCAAAGCUUUAUAUUGUCGUACUGUUGCAACCAUAGUCCGCAGAGCAAACAGUUUGAAGAGGCUUGGUUCCACAUUGGGCACUUUAAGCAGCGAUUCCAACGAGUCCGUUCAUAAUCAAGCCGAAGUGGCGAGUCAACACGCUUCGACGGUCGGUACAGCUGGUUCCAAGUCCAAUAAGUCAAUGGUCGCUUUGAACAACGCUGUCAGACGAGCUACAGACGGUUCCAUUGGUAUUUUGGAUAUGUUCGGCUUCGAAGAACCCAAACCUGCCUGCUUGGAACAUUUAUGCAUUAAUUUGUGCGCCGAGACUAUGCAGCAUUUCUACAACACUCACAUCUUCAAAUCAAGCAUAGAAUCGUGUCGAGACGAAGGGAUCAAUUGCGACGUGGAAAUCGAUUAUGUAGACAACGUUCCAUGUAUCGAUUUGAUAUCUUCUUUGAAAACGGGUCUAUUAAGUAUGCUGGAUGUGGAAUGCUCAAAACGCGGUUCGGCCGAGUCCUACGUCACCAAAGUAUUCAAAUCUGAGCAUCGAUAUAAAGGCAAACUGUUCGAAUCGAAACCGUUUGAUGGAAGAACUUUCGGUAUCCAGCAUUUUGCUGGACGUGUAACGUACGAUGCCACCGAUUUCUUGGAUACAAAUAAAGACGUGGUGCCUGAUGAUUUAGUCGCAGUUUUUCAUAAACAAACGUGCAGUUUCGGUUUCGCUACUCAUCUUUUUGGCAGCGAGUUGAAAGCUUUAUAUACUUCGGAUGUUGUUCCACGAGGUAUAAGCUUUCGAAUAUCACCAACGUCGCAUUCUGAUUUAUUGAAUGGAGAUGAACCUGUGUCGACGCUGACUCAAGAUUUCCACACGAGGCUGGACAAUUUGCUACGUUCACUGGUACACGCGAAACCACAUUUUGUGCGAUGUAUUAAAGCGAAUAAUUCAGAAACACCGCGUCUGUUUGAUCGUAGCACUGUCAUGAAGCAGAUACGUUCGUUACAGAUUUUAGAAACUGUCACUCUGAUGGCUGGUGGCUAUCCUCAUCGAAUGCGCUUCAAAGCGUUCAAUACGCGGUAUCGGCUGUUGGCUCCGUUUGCUAAAAUGCGCUGCAUCGAAGAGCGCGCUGCCGAAGAUUGUCGACUAAUUUUACAACGUAUUGACAACAAAAGCGAUUUGAAACAAAAUCAUGAAGUUAGCAUGAGCUGGGCUUUUGGCAAAAAACACAUAUUUUAUAGCGAGGGAAUUCGCCAGCUAUUGGAAUCAUUGAGAAACGAAACGAGAUAUCGUGCCGCUGUCAUUAUUCAAUCCUUGUGGAGAGGUUGGUACGCAAGAAAGAAGUGGCCAUCGUUGAAGUGUACGCUACAGUUGCAUCAGCCAGUGACAUCCGCUACAGGUCACGUUGUGAAUUCAAAUUUGAACGCACGCGCCGCCGCCGCUGCUGCUGUAUCAGCAAGUAUCGCGUCAGCGGCCAGCAACCUGAAUGGCAGUGGCGGAGGUGCCAUUUCCGUUCAACAACAUGCCAACAAUGCUGCAAGCGCCGCACCAGCAACAGCCAAUUCGGCAUCGGCUGCCGCAUUGGCAUCUGCGUCCGCAUCCGCCACGUUGACUAGACCGCGUCCGCAACCGAUCGCCGGCACUCCACCGCCGGAUCCGAAUGAGAAAUGUGACGCUAAAAUCAUCCAACAGACGUGCACGUUGUUCGGAUUGGAUUUGGAGAGGCCACCACCAGUUCCUCCCAGUAGAUCGUAUACGAUAACGGGAAAUAAAAAGUUUGGAUAUCCUCAAACAAGAGUCAUGAAGACUAGCUUUCCUGAGGAAAGCGGCGCCGAAGUAACUUUGAUGAAAGGCGACAGUGUAACUGUUGUUGGAACAUCGAAUAAGAGAGGCCAUCUACUGGUGGAACAUGCUAACCAUAAUUUAAUCCACGUGCCUUUUCAAUUCCUAGAAUUAAAGCCAUCAACAUCUCUGACUACUGUUCAGUGACUGUUUUUAGUUUAUUAAGCGAUAUUAAGACUGCCGAGAUUAGAAGUUAUGCAUAUGUAUGUAUCUGUCUGUUCUUCAUUACUUUCUUACUAUUAUUUACAAUUUCCUUUCUCGAAUGAUUGAAUUUCAUUUUGUCGUUAGUUAAGUUUUAUUUACAUACGUGGGUACCAAAAAUGAUGGGUAUGAGAAGUACAUAUGAGUUACAAAGUGUAUAUUGGCUACAACUUUUUUCUAUGUACCUAUGUGCCAUUGUGCCACUUGCCAAUUUGUAGAUAAUUUGAAUGUUUUUAUUUUUUUUAUUUUUUAUUUACGUUGAUACGUACCUCGUAAUUACUUCUAAGUUUUUGUUUAUUACUUAAUUGGACAAUUUUCAAAAUUUUCGACAAACGCUUAGUCUUACCUACGAUAGAUACCUUACAACGACUGAUUUUUAUUUAUUUACUUAUCUAUUUAUUAAUUUGUUUAAACUUUAUAUUCUGACGUAUGAAUUUUUGUACCUAUCAUACUCUGAAUAACAUUCGCCCUCGCGCGUAACUUACGUGCCUUAAAUUUAUUUUACGCUGCUCGUAAAAUUUGCCAUAUAUACUUGCCAUACUUACUAAACAUAGAUUGUAUAUAAUAACGUAUCAUUAGCGUGAAUGCGAACGAUCAUAUCGUGUAAGCAUAUCUAUCUACCUACCUACCUAUUUAGUAACUAAGUGUAGUUAAAGUCUUUUUCUACGAUACCUAAGGGUAACUGUAACUGAAUACUUUCGCGUAGAAUUAAGCUAUUCGUACUUUCCGAAGGUACUCGUAUUUUUCAUAAUUCAUGUCUUUCUUGGAACGAUCAAACGCUCAAGUUUACGUAGUUAAGUACGUACCUUUACCUAUGUGUUUACAUUUUUCAUUCUUCUUUCACCUAUUUAUUCGCUCAUUGAUUGAUCUUUUCAUCAAUUUUGUUGAUUUUGUGUAGGUACUCGAAUACCUACACGUAUGUACUGUGUAUCAUUUAUUUACUUGUAAUUACUCAAUUACUCGAUGUAUUCGUAGUAUACACAUAAGCUCGAAUAUAGACGUAUACCAUAUUUCCUAUA